ACAUCAGAAAAAGUCCACUGUAUAAGUAUAAACAAUUAUAGUUAGGUUAGGUGCGAGGUUUUCCGUUUUAUUUAUUUUGUUAAAAGUAACUUAUUAAGAAAUUAUCGUUGUUUGCAUUUUAAAUUGAGAAUUUUAAUCAUUUGAUACAAAUAUUUUUACUAUGUUUUUUAAUGUGAACAAAAUAUGUGAUUUGGUAUAUACUAAAUGUUUUGUGAUAAAAGUGUACAGUUCGAUGCCCGUUUCGUCCAAGUAUAAUGGAAGAAAGUCGGGUUUUAGUACAGAAUUCCGUAGUUUAUAGUUUUUAAAAAUUUUUAAUUUCCGAUGUAAAUUCGACUCGAAUUAUGAUCACCGUUGAGAAAUAUGUAAAAAAAUUCAAAUUUUCGUCGAAAACGACUUUAUAAUCGUUUCAUCGAGUGUAUUAUCAAGAUAAAAUCGAUUUUUCGAGAUGGAUGAAAUGUUCGACUUGGAGAACGAUUUACCAGAUGAAUUGAUGGCUUCGUCAUCAUGGACGACUACGGAUAAUAAUAAUAUACAUACCAAUGAUACUCCUGGCACUGGUCCUGGACCUGGGUCCGGUCCUGGGCCUGGGGGACCACUAAUCGGCGCACAGGAUACAAAUUCAAAUGCUGCUUUGCACCGUCACGUAUCUCAUUCAGCUUUAAUGCAUCAAGCCAAAGGAUUAGUAUCAAACCAGUUGCUAACGGGUGGCGGCGGUAUGAUUACUAAAAAAGCCACCGCCGGUAAUAACGACGUGGUAGUUAAUUUUGGUAAUAUUUCAAACGUUUCGUUAACCAAUCAAGGAUUACCGAUCUCAAUGAGCGGAAUGUCAAACAACACAUUACCUAUCACUAGCACCGUUAUGACUAAUAAUGUUCUCAAUCAACCAGCUAUGCACGGGCAUCACGGCGUUCCUUCGAAUUUACCAAACGAUUCGUUAAUGACGGCUCAGGCCGUGGCAGCGAUGCGACAACAGCAGCAACAUAAUAGUCAUUUGGUACCGCCUGGUGGCCAAUCUUCCCAUGUAGUGGGACAUCCAGUAAGCGUCGGCCAAAAUCAAGGAUCUCGUUUGCAAACCGUACCGGGCUUACCUACUGUAAAUAACAUGAGCCAAACUACUAAUCUGCUAGCCAAUGGUGGUACGAACAGCGGUAACGUUGGGUGUUAUUCGUAUCAGUCUUCUUCGCAAAACGCCUUGGGCACAUCUCAAGUAAACGUCGUGCUACAACAACGCAACGUUCCCAACAUGGCCGCUCUACAAGUGGCCAGGUUCUCAUCAUCGACGACCACGGUCACCGGUACCUUAAGAAAUAUCAACGUUAUUGGCGAAAACGGACCGCUGAGCGGUGCUGCCCAAGUACAAAAUGCGCCUUCGCCGCAGCUUCAGUCGUUAUCGCUACCUUCGGUGGCGAAUUCGCCGGCGCAAGCCAAUCAACCCGGUCUUCCUACGGUAGGACCUCAGCAAGCGGGCGCCAUAGCGGCAGCGAGCGUCUUAAAUCCUCAGGCUAAUGUGGGGCAAAGGCCGGCCACCGCACCGGAUCCGGAGAAGAGAAGGCUGAUCCAGCAACAGCUAGUUUUACUGUUGCAUGCUCAUCAAUGCCAAAAAAGAGAAACUCAAGCUGCCGAAGAAGGAAGACAGUGCGCGUUACCACAUUGCAAAACGAUGAAAAACAUAUUAAAACACAUGGCCAGUUGUACGGCCGGUAAACAGUGUCAAAUUGCGCACUGCUCAUCUUCCAAGCAGAUAAUCUCACAUUGGAAACAUUGCCAGCGUCCAGAUUGUCCAGUUUGUCUUCCUCUGAAGCAAGUCGACAAAUCGAGAAAUAACACUAACGCAUUCUUAACAUCGGCCGGUCAAUCCGCAAAUCCGCUCGGUGCGCCGCCACCUCAACCACCAUCGCAGCAGCCCCAACCGUCACAAGCUGGCGGCGCUCCGGUAGUCGGAGGACCGCCGCCGCCGCAGUCACAACAACUCUCGCAAGUGGUGCCGCCUUCGCCGCAACAAACCAAUCAGCCAACGGCCAGCGAUAUGAGAAGAGCUUACGCCGGCCUGGGGAUCCAAGUGCCGCCGGACGGACCGGGUCCCGGACCUUCGUUGGCUGGUCCAAAUAGCGCUUCUGCCGUACAGCAGCUGGUCAGCAGUAGUUCGAAUCCGGUGGUGGGUGGCGCCGUAAGACCGUCGUCCGUAUCCCAUGUCGCGUCUCAGCAGCAACAGGCGCAAGUUAAUAACAUACCGUUGAGUCAGCAACAGAGAAUUAAUGUCAGUGUCGGCGGUCCGACGUUAGGCAGUGGUAUGAAUCAGCAAGGAGUUGUAGCGCCCAACGUGGCCAUCGAUCCGAAUACCAAUUCCGUUAUAGGUGCUAGUAAUCAACAGAAUUUGCAGAGUCAAUCGUCGGCCGUCAAUACCAUCCAUCAAAGCAUUGUGUCGGCUGCGAACACGGUGCUAACUUCGACCGCGUCUUCGUUCGUUCCUCAAGCAUCACACAAUGCGACGUCUAAUUCAGAUAUCAACUCGAACUUACAAAUCAACGAUAGCCGACUCCUGAGCGGGAUUCCCGGAGCUGCGAAUCUUGUCCCCGGAUCAGGCGCCGGUAGCAACUCGGUCGUAGGCAACGCUGCUCAGAACGUCACCAAAGAAUGGCAUAAACUCAUCAACAACGAACUCAGGGAACACUUGGUGAAAAAAUUUAUUGAUGAUUUUACCAACUCUUGGUUAUUCAGAGUUCAAGCGAUAUUUCCUACGGGCGGUAAUCAAUCUCAAGGAGGACCUGGUGGCGGCGGCCCCGGCGCACCCGGAGAACCGCGAAAUUUUUCAAACAACGAUUUCAAUCGCAACAGGUCAAAUUUACAUAUCGACGACCGUAUAAUGCAGAAUUUGGAGUCGUACGCCAGAAAAGUCGAAUGUGAUAUUUACGAAGCAGCCAAUUCCAAAUCCGAGUACUACCAUUUGCUGGCGGAAAAGUAUUAUAAAAUACACAAAGAGCUGGACGAGAGACGCCAGAAACGAAAGGAGCAGCAAUUGCAGCAGCAGCAACAACAACAGCAGCAGGCUCAACAACAACAGUCGCAGCAGCCUCCUCAAGGACCGCAAACAGGUGCUCAGCUAGCUCAGCAGUCGCAGCAGGCUGUCAGACCAUUAGGCGCAAUGUCCGCACCAGUCAGAGGAAUGGGUGCCCUAUUCGGCCCGCCUCAUCCCUCAGUACCCGGCUCCGUUCCAAAUAAUCAAAUGGCCGGGGUACCAAAUAGCGGACCAGCUAGCAGAAUGGCUUUCAAUAAUGUCAAUAGCAAUUCGCAGCAGCCACCGUCGCAGCUACAACAAUCGCUGACGCCGCUACCGCGACGCAGUCCGAAUAAUAUCUGUACCACUGCCUCUAUGUCCACUACCCAUACAGCUUUCAGUAUUAGUAAUAGCGGCACGACUAGUCAGUUUAUCCCUAAUAACCAACAGCAGUUCUCGCAACAGCAACAACAACAAACCAGAUUACCGGGAGUACUGUCGCAAACAUCGCCCGUGUUCGCCGUACCGCAAUUCCCGUCGCCCAACCAAGUCCACCAGCAACAACAGCAAUCGAACGCCGGCCAACAAUCGGCCGUGCAACAAUCUCAACAAUCGCAGCAUCAGCAGCCUAUGACGCCGAGUCCGGCGCAUUUAAAUAAUUUCCAGCAAUCUCCUCGGGUCAGUUCGGUGAGCAAUAAUCACCUCGAUCAAGCGUCGCCGAUCAUUUCGCAGCCUCCGUCGAUCGAGGGAAUGCACAACAGCGUACCGUUACCGGCGGCUAGUCCGACUAUCGUUGGUACGCCCACGUCUAGUUCACCAAAUUCGGCCGCAGCUGCUGCCCAUCAUCAACAACCCCCCUCCGUGCUAUCCAUGAAUUCGACGUCUAAUUAUAUUAACAAAGUGAACACGCCGAAUAGCUCGGGUCAAGUGGCUACUGUUUCGACGACCAUCAAAAGAGAGGCUGAAAAUGACGAUGAUGAUGACAUGGGAGGUCCUCCCGAAAAGAAAGGUAAAUUAGAUCCGCCCAUUAUCAAAGAAGAACCAAUCGAGGCUAGUCAUCUUGACGAAAACAACGCUGACGACAGAAUUGAACAAAGUCACGAAAGCGAGGGCAAGCAAAUGAGACCAGAUGAAAUCAAAAGUGAACCUAAAGAACCGCAAGACGAAAGUACGUCUUCAUCGGUCGAUUUGAAAGAUAGUAUAGAUAUCAAACCGGCCAGAACACCGCAACCAGUUCAAAGCACGUCGUCGUCGUCGUCCGAAAAGAAAGAGAAAUGCAUUUUUAAACCAGAAGAUCUGCAAAGAAGUUUUAUGCCAGUGCUGACAAAAUUAUACCAACAAGAGGAAUCGGCGCCUUUCCGUGAACCAGUUGAUCCGCUACAGUUGGGUAUACCCGAUUACUUGGAUAUCAUCAAACAACCGAUGGACUUGUCUACCAUUAAAGGCAAGCUCGACGUUGGCCAAUACGUUGAUCCGUGGAAUUUCGUCGACGAUGUGUGGCUGAUGUUCGAUAACGCUUGGCUGUACAACAAGAAAUCGUCGAGAGUUUAUAAAUGUUGUACUAAGUUGGCUGAAACUUUCGAACAAGAAAUCGACCCAGUUAUGCAAAACUUGGGUUAUUGUUGCGGUCGCAAGUAUACGUUCAGUCCGCAAACGCUGUGCUGCUUCGGUAAACAACUAUGUACGAUACCGAGAGACGCGAAAUAUUUCAAUUACCAAAACAAAUACACUUACUGUGUUAAAUGUUUCCACGAUAUACCCGGAGAUACGGUAACCUUAGGCGAAGAUCCUGCUCAACCUCAGACUGUGAUAAAAAAGGAUCAAUUCGUGGAAAUGAAAAACGAUUACCUCGAAACGGAGCAUUUUGUCGAGUGCCUAGAUUGUGGCAGACGAUCGCAUCAAAUGUGCGUUUUACAUAUGGAUCAGAUAUGGCGGUCAGGAUUCGUUUGUGAUAAUUGUUUGAAAAAGAAAAACGCUAAAAGAAAAGAUAACAAAUUCAGCGCGAAAAAGUUACCGACUACCAAAUUAGCCACAUACAUCGAAACCAGAGUUAAUAAUUACCUCAAAAAGAAAGAAGCCGGAGCCGGCGAAGUGACCGUUCGUAUCGUAUCCAGCUCUGAGAAAACGGUCGAAGUGAAACCUGGCAUGAAGAGCCGAUUCGUCGAUGCUGGAGAAUUACCCGAACAGUUCCCGUACAAAGCGAAAGCUCUAUUCGCUUUCGAAGAAAUCGACGGCGUCGACGUGUGUAUUUUCGGUAUGCAUGUGCAAGAAUACGGAUCCGAGUGUCCGCAACCGAAUCAAAGACGCGUAUACAUCGCUUAUUUAGACUCCGUACAUUUCUUUCAACCGAAACAAUUUCGUACCGCGGUUUAUCACGAAAUUUUAUUAGGAUAUUUGGAUUACGUUAAGCAAUUAGGGUAUACUAUGGCUCAUAUUUGGGCUUGUCCUCCUUCGGAAGGAGACGACUAUAUUUUUCACUGUCAUCCAGACGACCAAAAAAUCCCGAAACCGAAAAGAUUAAUAGAUUGGUAUAGGAAAAUGUUAGAUAAAGGUAUCAUCGAAAGAAUAGUGCUCGAUUACAAAGAUAUUUUAAAACAAGCGAUGGAAGAUAAAUUACAGUCUGCUGCAGAACUGCCGUAUUUUGAAGGCGAUUUUUGGCCAAAUGUUUUAGAAGAAAGUAUCAAAGAGUUAGACCAGGAGGAAGAAGAAAAAAGACGGCAAGCUGAAGCUGCGGAAGCCGCCUCAGCAGCUGCUAACAACCAGGUGUAUAACAUGGAUGGCGAAGGCGAAGCCGACGUCGAUGGUAAAAAGAAGAGUAAUAAGAAGGUCAAGAAGACGAACAAAUCAAAAUCCAGCCAUCGCAAAAGCAACACGAAAAACAAAUUCAACGCGCCUCAAUUGGGGAACGAUUUAUCGGCCAAAAUCUACGCCACUAUGGAGAAGCACAAAGAAGUUUUCUUCGUUAUUCGACUGCAUUCGGCUCAGUCUGCAGCCAGCUUAGCGCCUAUCCAAGAUCCUGAUCCUUUCAUCGCCUGCGACCUCAUGGACGGCAGAGAUGCCUUCUUAACGAUGGCUCGUGAAAGACAUUACGAAUUUUCGUCGUUCCGAAGAGCGAAGUUCUCAUCGAUGGCGAUGCUGUACGAAUUACAUACGCAGAGUCAAGAUAAAUUCGUCUACACCUGUAAUAGUUGUAAAAAUAACGUCGAAACCAGAUACCAUUGUACCCAGUGUGAUGACUUUGAUCUUUGCAUUUCCUGUUACACGAAAGAAGGACAUCCACACAAAAUGGACAAACUUGGUUUGGAUUUGGACGAUGGUACCAUAUCGCCUUCGGAAAAACAAGCCAAUCCUCAAGAAGCAAGAAAACAAUCGAUACAGAGAUGUAUUCAUUCUUUGGUGCACGCUUGCCAAUGUCGAGACGCAAAUUGCCGACUAUCAAGUUGCCAGCGCAUGAAACGCGUUGUCCAGCAUACGAAGGCUUGCAAGCUAAAAGUGAACGGAAAUUGCCCAAUUUGCAAGCAGCUUAUAGCCUUGUGUUUCUACCACGCCAAGUAUUGUCAAGAUGCAAAAUGCGCUGUGCCCAUAUGCUCGAGUAUCAAGCAAAAAAUGAAGCAACAACAACUGCAGCAACGAGUACAGCAAGCUCAGCUUCUGCGUCGUCGUAUGGCCGCGAUGAAUUCGCGUAUAUCGAGCAGUACCGGAUCAGGCGCGCCGUCCAAUUCGGGAGCUCUGUCUCCGGGCAGUUCUGUGCAGAAUUCGUCCUCAUCUUCAUCGUCGACGCCUUCGUCGUCGCAUCACCAGCCUCAGCAUUCUCCGCACGCCGGCAUGGGAGUGAAACCCGGAAGCCUGCAACCACCUCCUAGUGUUUUACAAGUACUGAAACAGGUUCAAGAAGAAGCGGCUCGUCAGCAACAGCCGCAUGGUCAUACCGGUAUGGGAUACCCGACUGUGUUGCAGCAGCCUAUGCCAUCGCCGCAGAGGGGAUUGGUUCAGAUACCAGGUCAAAAUAUUCCGAACGUCGCGCAUCCGGCGGCUAAUAUACCUAACGAGCAAUGGAAACAGACCAGGUACCCUCAACCGUCGGUCAUGAUGCCGCAGAACCCGUCGCAGGCGGCCGCAGUGGCGGCGCUUCGUCAACAACAGCUGAACAUGCAGCAGCCGCCUCAAGCGCCGCCGAACGCCUCUCCGAUGCUGAACCAGCAGCAACAGCAGCCGGGUGGCCCACCAGGUCCUCAGGGUCCGCCGCCACCGCAACAGCUAAUGGUAGGCGGCGGCGGUCCGGCGGGCGCCGGUUUGAUGAACCAGAACGCGGUAGCGCCUCAGCAGGCGCCGCCCAACAUGGGCAUGCAGGUGCUGCCGACGCCGGGCACCAGUCCGAACCGCGUGCCGCAUCAUCGGCAAGCUCUGCAGCAGCUUCUGCAAACGUUACGCUUACCGAGCUCGCCGCAGCAGCAAGACCAAAUCUUGCAAAUACUGAAGACGAAUCCGCAGUUGAUGGCCGCUUUUAUCAAACAAAGACAACAGCAGCAGCAACAACAGCAGCAACAACAACAGCAACAGCAGCAGCAAGUUCAACAGCAGCAACACCAGCACGUGCAACAGCAGCAGCAACAACAACAACAGCAGCAGCAACAGUCGCAAGGGCAGCCGGGCCCUCAGCAACAGCAGCAACCCCAACAGCAACAACAACAACAGCAGAUGGUCGGUCCGCAGGGCGUGCAGCAACAACAUCAGCAGCAGCAGCAGCAGUCGAUGGGCGUUGUGAACCAGCAACAGCAGGGCAUGCAACAGCAUAUGGGAGUGCCGAACGCUCAGCAAGGCCAAUGGUACCAGCAUAAUCAGAUGGUCGCCAUGCAGCAGCAAGGUUUCGCCGCCGCCAAUAACUACAACUCGCCGCAGCCGCCGCCCCAGCAGCGGAUACCGUCGGUGGUGAAUCGACCCUACAAUCAGAACUUCGGCGCCGGCGUCGAUCCGAACCAGCAGUACCAGCAACUGUUGCACGUUCAGCAAUCGCAACCGCAGCAACAGCAACAACAGCAGCAGAAUCCCAACGAAAUGAAACCAGCUCCGUCGCCGUUUCCCUCGCCUCAGGGUAUGAUGGGUCCGGGUAAUCUGGGCAAUCCUGGAUUAUCUGUGCAGCAGCAACAGUGACCAUCGUGAAUACGUACGUGUUUGUUUUACCUUACCUACUUUGUUGUGGAAUUUUCUCGAUACCGUAUCGCUGCUACUGCUGCUGAUGAUGCUGGUUGUGAAUUUUUGGGCAUCGUUACCUCUUCGUUGUUAAGCCGAUGGUCUGUCUCGAUGUUCUGAUCUUCGAGCGUUGUUGUCGCGAAUUGAAAAUUCGUCCAGCAAAUUACGACAUCGCCAUCUGUUCAACGGUCGCCAGUGUUGUUGUCGUCAAAGGUCCGGGUGUGGGAUUUUUCUCUCUUGAAAUUCUCCAUUCGAGGAUGGCGACGAAAACGAUGAAAAAAAAAAUCGAAAAUUUAUAUACACAUUUUUACGAGCUUAAUAACAAUCGCGAAGCGACGAUGCUGUGUUGAUCGAGUUUUUACCGACGAAGCUCCUACCUAUAUUCCGCAGCUGCUGCUGCUUGCUACUGUUUCGAUUUGUGUAGACUCGUGUUGUUAUCAUCGUAUAUGUAUUUGUAUUUUUAGUCUGGACGAAGAGAAGAGUUGUUUUGUAGCUUCGUUUCAUUUGAUUUGUUGGAGAUUUUGUAUUUUGCCAGCUGUGUCUGCGAGCAUCAAGUUGGAAAAUUUUUUUCAUUUUAUUAAGAAGCAAUACGUUUAUUUUAAUUUUUUUUUCCGUUCGUUUUGUUUCCCUUCUUUGUUUUCUUUAAUUUACACUUUCUUUCGUUCGAUAGAUUUACGUAACGUUUACCUUUUUGCCUUUCCUAAUAAUCUAUGUGUUUUUGGUACGAUUCGAUUGAUUGAAUAAUAAUAGUUUUCUAAAUUUUGUAAUAUAAUACUAUACCUACUUGUGUUUAUAUGUUCGGACGGUUCGUGUAAUGAAUGACGUUGUGAUAUUAUUUUUGUAUGUUUAGCACAAUUAUUUUGAUGAAAAAAAAAUUCAUCCCAUGUUUUUUUCGCCCCCUCUGUAACGAGAUGUAAUCUAAUUUACUUACGUGUAAAGCUAUAUCGCGUAUGGUUUUUGAUUAUUCGUUCGUCCCCCACCCCUCUCCUCUCUGUUGAUUAUUAUUUUUUCAGUACCUACGUAUCUUUUAAAUUUAUGUAAUGAUUUUCUUCAUUUUUUUUUUUUUUUUGGUAUUCUAUUUCCUCGUAUGCAUAAUUAAUUCUUUUUAAUUCUGUUCUGUUUAUUCGUUUGAUGAGAGCUGCGCGUAGUAAUCGUGUGUAUUUAUUAUUUUAGUCGCCAUGUCCCGUCCUUGGCGACGAAUUUAUUCCAAAUAAGCGCGACUCGGUGAUCCAUGCUCAACGUUGAGGGUACGUUCGAAUUAUGGACAUCGAAUUUUUUUUUUUUUCGAUAUCACUUUCACUCUUUGAUUUAUGAACAUCCUUCUCGUGAACGGAAUUUAAUGGGUUUUGAUAGCCAAAGAGAAUAUAGAUUAAUUUAAUUAUUAAUGAAUGACUUAAGGGAUUUUUGCGUUCAGAAUUUACGAUAAAAAUAGGUAAAUUUAUUUCGGCAAAAAUCCACGUUUAUGAAAAGGAGAUUACGUUGCUGUUUUUUUUUUUUUUUUUUUCAUUCAUUAUUAUUUUAAUUGUGGAGUUGAAGGUGGAUGAAGGAGACUUUUUUGUGAGUCUUACUCUCGAUCUCAUGUUUUUUUUUCGCCUUUACGAAGUUAUAACCGAGUUGGUUAGGUUUGAUUUCGAUGCAUUUAUACGACUUUUUAACCAUUUACGAUGAACAGGGUGUUCAUAAAUUGAAUUUUGAAGCGAAUCAGGGUGUCUGACAAUCUCGCGAGUUCUGUUUUUCGUGAUUUUGGUGCGCGUCGGUGGCCUCAAUUGCCAGAAAGCGGUAAUUUUUUGAGAAUUUUGCAAAGUCCUGCUUUUUUUUCAGUUUUAUUAAUCAAAAUUUAGAAUUUUUCAUUUUUUUUUUUUUUUUGAUAUAGAAAAAUUUUAACUUUACCUUUCUUCCCUAGCCCUCCCCCCCCCCCAUUAUGUAUUUGAAGAAUUAUUAAAUUGAAUUUAAAGCCCUGAUUUUUCAAUUUCUUGAAAUCGUGAAAAAUAAUUUAUUCUGUUCGCACGCGAUAAAAAAGUUUGAAUUUUUCUUUUCAAAAUUUCGAAUUUUUUCUAAUGUGCUUUGAAAAUGAAAUUAUUUCAACGCCUCGUCCCUCCUCUCCAUUGAGAUUUUUGAAACAAAAAAUAUUUCAGGAGUCUCAUUUUUUGACAUUUUUUUUUUUCAAUAUUUCAAUUAAAGUAAAGAUUCUCCAUUGUUUGUUUUUUCCAUUGUUUACAGUUACUUCUCUUCAAAAAUGGAAAUGUUUUGUCUCGGAGUGAUCCCCCCCCCUCUCCCUACAUUAAAAAAUAAUAUUUCUUGCCAAAAAUCCGGCUUUUUUGCCAUAAUUAUUGCAAAAAAGCUCAAUUUUUUUGCAUUUUUUUUUUUCACUAAAACGUGCGAAAUUUUCCAUGUAUUUUUUUUUUUUUUUUUUUUUGAAUUUUUUGGCUCAUUUUUUAAAUAGUUUUUUCUGUUAUUAAAAAUAUUUUACUUCCUUUGCCUUCUCCUCUUCCCCCCUCCCCCUUACCCUUCUGUUGAAAGAUUUAAUUAUAAUAUUUCGUGUCAAAAAUCUCGUUUUUUUGCCAUAAUCGCAAAAAAGCACGAUUUUUUUCUUCUUUUUUUUUUGAAAGGAAACUUUCAAAGUACGUAUUUUGAUUCUGAACAAAUUUUACCCCCUCCCCUCCCCCGGAAAAGGAUUUUUUUGAAAAUAAAACUUUAAAAGUUUUUGGUAAGUAAUGAAAAUAUUCUGAAUAAAUUUCCUCUCCUCCUCCUCUUCCAAUGAAAAUUUUUUGUAUCAUUUUUUGCCAAAAAUCAAGCACGAUUUUUUCCUUUCUUUUUUUUGAAAUGAAACUUUCAAAGUAUUUUGAUUCUGAACUAAUUUGGAAAAGGAUUUUUUUUUGAUAAAACUUUACAAUUUUUUGGUAAUAAAAAUAUUCUGAAUAAAUUUCCUCUCCUCCUCCUCUUUCAAUGAAAAUUUUUUGUAUUAUUUUUUGCCAUUUUACCCCCCUCCCCUCCUCUCAAAAAAAUGAUUUUUUUUUUCAAUAAAACUUGGAAAUUUUUUGUUAAUAAAAAUAUUCUGAAUAAAUUUCCUCUCCUCCUCCUCUUCCAAUGAAAAUUUUUUGUAUUAUUUUUUGCCAAAAAUCAAGCACGAUUUUUUCCUUUCUUUUUUUUUUGAAAUGAAACUUUCAAAGUAUUUUGAUUCUGAACAAAUUUUUACCCCCCCUCCCCUCCCCUCCCCCAGAAAAGGAUUUUUUUGAUAAAACUUUAAACAUUUUUGGUAAUAAAAAUAUUCUGAAUAAAUUUCCUCUCCCCCUCCUCUUCCAAUGAAAAUUUUUUGUAUUAGUUUUUGCCUACCCCCCUCCCCACCUCUCAAAAAAAUGAUUUUCUUUUUUUUCAAUAAAACUUUAAACUUUUUUGGUAAUAAAAAUAAUCUAAAAAAUUUCCUCACCUCCUCUUCUUCCAAUGAAAAUUUUUUGUAACAUUUCUUGACAAAAAUCUCGUUUUUUUGGCAUACAUAAUUGAAAAAAGGUUGUUUUUUUCCAUCUCAUUUCAAUUACAUUUCGAAAUUUUCAAUUUUAUCGUUUUGAAUUAACCUUCUCCUCCAUUUUGCUCAAAAUUUAAUCUCCCCCCCCCCUCACAGCGAUUUUUCUUCGUAAUUAUUGCAAACAAUGAGAAAAUUCUUGUUUUUGAACUUUUUCGAUUUAAUUUUGAAAUUUUCCAUUCAUUAUUUUUUUUUAUUAAGAUUCUUAAAAAUUCAAUUACAUUUUUUUUGCUUGUUUUAGAGAAUGGGAAAAUUUUGUCUCGAACAAAUUUCGCAUAUCGUCGCGUUUGUUAGACACCCUAUGAUCGUAUUUUCAAAUAUAAAGUGCUUCGUUUCAUGCUGCAAUAUUAUUCUUGAUCUCCAUUAUUGAUUUUUCUUUCCUCGAGUACUGGAUUACUGACGAAUGAAUAAAACGAUGUCCUUAAUUUUCGAACGUUUACCUUAUUAUAACAACGAUGAGCGUCGCGUAGGUGUUUUGUUACCAAAUACCAAUCGUAAUUUUUGUGGAGCCAAUUUUCCCCUUUUUUUUUCCUUAUAUAAAUGAUGAUGAAUCGAUGGAUUGUCUCUCGAGUGUUUCGUUGAAUUCGUUCCUUCAUUUCGAAGAGUUCAACGCGUUCGUAUACUAAUAAUGUACCUAUUUCCGGCGAUGUGUAUUUUUUAUACAUUUGUUUCCAUCCUUUCCUUUUGUUUGUUCGUUUUGUUUGUUUUUAUUUUAAUUAUUAUUAUUUUUUUAUUUAUUUAUUUUUCUUCGCCUUGAUCGUUUGAUGAGACUCGCUUUUGUGAUAAGCGGUUUCUUUCUUUCUUUCAUUCUACCGUAGACUGCGAUAUUUAAGCAUCAAUAAUUUUGCAGCCUUACAAAAUCUCAUCUUUCUCGGCAGUUGUAUUAAUAAUACAUAUUAUUACGGUGUAUGUGUCGUGUGUGUGUAUGUGUAUGUGUGUGUGUUCCCAUUUUUUUUAUUUUCGAUUCGAAAUUAUCGUUUGUGUAGGUAUAACUUUCAAGUUUAUUUUAUUUUUUUUCUAUUCUAUCGGUGUGGAAAUUAUGCAUUUUGACCCCUAGCCCCGUCCCUUUGUUGAAAGAAAUCCACCAUCGGAACAUAUCAGAACCGUUUUCUUAUUAUUUUUUUUGUUUUCCUUUCGUUUUCCCGAUGAUCGUGACGAAUGUAUACUUAAAUGAAGAAAAAAAAAAGGCUAAACGCGUGUUGAUUUCUGAUUAUUUUUUUUUUCCAAAAUAAUUAUGUAUAAAAAAUGUGUUUUCAUUGUAAAGUAUUAAGUUCUUUUUUUUUUCUUAGUGAAAUUGUUUAUAAUAAUUAUUCGUGUUGUAAAUGUGGUAAGCCUGCCGUUAAAUAUUAACAUGUCGUUAUGUAUUUUUUUUGUUUGUUUUUUUUUUGUAAAGUUGAAGUAUUUGAAAGAAGAAAAAAAAAGAGGACUUUUUUACGGUUAUUGUCGAAUUAUCGUGUACAUAGAAAAAAGUUGUACAUUCGCUACGUAUUAUUUUUAUACAUAGUAUAAUAUCGAUAACCCAUUAAAAGUAAAAUUAAUUUUACUAUGUACAGAAUUUUUUUUUUUUUUUUAAUAAGUUUUACAUAAAUAUUACGUAUUUAUAUAAAGAAAAAUACGACGUACGUAUUACAUUUUUUUUUUUUUUGUAAUAAAACCGAGAAUUGAAAAAAAAUGAUGAUAAUUAGUGUACAAUAAGAAACGGUUUUUUUUUUUCAUUUUUCUAAUCUACUUUGCACUAUAAAAUGUAAGCGACACUGUUUUAGUACGGUUGUUUUCGAAUUUUCCCCCUCUUUCUGCCCCAUUUCUUCGUUUUUCUUCGACUUACGAUGUGUUUUUUUUUUGUUUUUAUUUUUUAUUAUUUAUUUUUUUAAUCGCUCGAUUGUGUAGGUAUUUUAUUAUUAACGCCGCAUAUGUGGUUUUGUGUGAGCCACGUGUAUGUAAAAUGUCGUGUUUGUGUGUUCCGGGUUUAUAUAAUAUUUAUGUAGGUAUUUAUUUGAAUUUUUUAAUUCGCAAUUCGUCUCUCGUUUUACGUGUUUUUUUUUCCUCUUCGAAAAUAUUGUACAGAAGCGUGAUUGAAAUUCGCGCUAGCGUUAUUUUUUUAUAUACGUUGUUUGUGUACAGUUUAUUUAGUUUUAUUUUAUAUUGUUAUUUUUUUUUAUUUCUCUUUUUUUUCUUUUCGUAAGCAUAUGUGGCGUUAAUAAUGUGAUUUUUUUUCUCUUAUUGUUUUCUUCGAAUUGUUUUGUUUAUUUUUUAUUGUGUGUGUGGGGGUUAAACGAGAUGAUGAAAAAGUUUAAGAAUUAAAUAUUUAUUUAUUGUUGUUGAUGAUGAUGAUGAUGAUGACGACGACGACGAAUGAUUUUUGUGAAAGUACAUUUUGUAAUAAUAAUAUGAAAUUGCGACGAAAUAAUGCGUAAUUUUGUGAUCAGUUUUAGUCAUAUUUUUAAAAAAUACUAUUCUAUCUUUACCAAGUAUUUGAAAAAUAUUUCACGAUGAGUGAUGUGUACCUGUUUGUUUGUUUGUGUGUGUGAGGUAUAAAUGUGGAAAUUUUAUCGAAAAAAAAAAUGAUUUUUACUUUUUUAACGUACCUAAAUUGGGAAUUUAUUAUAUAAUGAUCAACUUGGUUCCAGUUGUGUACUGCGACGUGUGUUAUGCGUUUCUCUUCUUCUCUUUUUUCUCUCCAUUAUCAUUUCUCUUCUUCUUUAUGUAGUUGUAGAAUUUAUACAUAUAUAAUAAUUGUAAUAAUUGUUAUUUUUUAAUCGAAAUGUAUAUAAAAUGAGAGCUUUGUCAAUUUUGUUUUUUUUCCUCCUUUUUUUUCUUAUUUAAACGAGAAAAUACGUCGUCCUCGUCGUGUGAACUACAUAAAUAUCCAUCAAUAUGAGUUCAUUAAUGAGUAUAAGUGUUUUUUUUUCUCUUUGUAAAUAAAGAUGGCCUGACCAAUUAGUCGUUCAAAAUUGUCUACUGACAUAAAUGUUAAAUCAAUUAUUUUUAUUUUGUACAAAGUUUGUUUUACAAGAUUUAAGCAUAUAUACUGUAUAAUGAAUUUUGGUAAUAUUUAAAAAUAUAAGUUGUUAUUUAGUGA